AUGUCUCGACCGCCGCCAGUCACGUACGGCAGUCGUUCUGGCAAGCGCAGGCCCAGCUCCGAGGCGCCACUUGCCGCCCUCGCUGAGUACGCCAAGUCGUCUUCCCCGUCGCCGCCGGACCGCCCUUCCUCGCCCUCGCAGGACCUGGGCGGGUACGGCGAAGAGGAGCCUGUCGAAGUGCCAGACGCCGACACCGCCAUCGCCUCAGAGCGCGACGCUGGGUCAGACGACGAGCCCAUGUUUGUCUCGGCGACAAAGCCAGCGCCAGUCGCAGCCGCAGCACCAGCGUCCAACGCACCCAGGAUUGUCUUCACCGUCAACCCCGAGUUCCGCACUGUCACCGCCAAGGACACUUUCGGCGCCCGCGAGGUUGACUAUCCGUUCUGCGCCGGGCUUCCCGCCGUGGGCGGUCCGUACUUUGACGGCAGAGACCCUCGCUGGGCCAGCCCCACCGUCUCGCUGGACCGUAAGUCGUACGUCACUGGCAAGUUUGUUGGGCACGAUGGCGACACGUACCACAUCCAGAAGGGAAUGGAGAAGCGUGUCGACGGCGCCGAGCCCCCGAUGGUGCACUUGGUCCCGCCGGCGUACGCGCACCCGGCCAUGCACCCGAACGUGCUGGCCAACUGCGCUCCCUUCCUCGCACCCGUGAAUGAGUUUCCGGCCAACAGCAACAUCUACCCCGUCUUCGAGACAACGCGUGGCAUUCGCGCGAAGUCGGGCAUCUCAAGGCCUGCAUACGAUGCCAACCACGCGAAUCACAAGGACGAUGCUAUGCCGUUCUGGGCUGAGUGUGCUUUUCCCUGCCACCGAUGUGACACGGACAAGUACGACAACUCGCCUCUCAAGCAACCUCACUACUGUGCAGUCACUACCUUCCAGUACCAGAAUGACCCGGGGGUGCCACCCAAUGCUCGGAGGUUAAAGUGCCAGAGCUGCGUGGCUGCUUCGCAGACUUGCCUCUUCGAAUUCAUGUACAAGGAAAAGCUCAUCCGAGUCGAGCUCUACGUGCUCUUCUUCGAGAACAAGGACGCCCAUCCAACGGACAUGCUAGAAAUGCUUUGGUGGAAGGGUAAGGACAGCAACAACUCCAAGAAGGCCCCCUCAAAGUCGGCCAAGAAGACGGCGUCAAAGAGGAGUCGUCCGAGCGGCUCGGCGGGCGGUUCAAAGAAGAAGAAGGCCAAAGUGGAAGUGGAGGAGCCAGAGGUGGACCACGACGGCGACGACGAUGCCGAGAGAGACUUCGAGAUGGAGGACGAAACCGGAAGCAGCGCCGCCGGGCCGAGUGGCCUGCGAUCCGAGAGCUCCCCUCGCGCUUCCUCGAUCGGUGAUGAGGGUUCCAUGAUCAACUGGAAGGACUACAUUGGCAGCCGCUCAGAGUCAGACAUUGUGGAGCCUGAUGAGCCUCUCAAGGGCGAUGAUGGCAUGCCUACCGACCGAGCUGCCUCGGUCCACCACCAGCCAGACCACGCGCCCGAGCCGACAGUCGAAACCGCCACCACUGCUGGCAAUGGUCUCAACCUCGCUGUCGACAACGCAGGGCUCCCCCAAACCGCCUCCUCCACUCCGGUCGAGGGCGAGACUGCCGUCAACUUGGAGCAACGCAACGCGCAGCCUCGGCAGUCCCAGCACAGCGAGGCCACACCGGCCGAGGACAAGCAGGCGGACAGCCACGACAGCCCCGAUGUCUCCGCCACGGCGAGCAAGCCAGUCGCCACUGAUGACAAGGCUCACACCGCCCUCUCUCGUAUCACGACGCCUAUCGCGAGCCCAACGGAUGAGAUCGCCCGUGGGGACGGAGACAUGGCCAACACCGUCCACCUCCUGGACAAGACCAAGGCGGCCAAGAUUGCCCUUCUUCAGGCCGAACUCGACGCCGAGAUGGCGGGCCACCGCAACACACGCAGCCUGUUGUCCGACGAGGCCCAGAAGGAGUUCGAGGCUGGAGUGCGCGCCUUGCGCUUGCAGCUUGAUGCGAAGUUGGGAGAGGUCGCGGUCAGCUGCGAUGCGGCGGAGGAGGCAUCCCGGGCCAAGUUCAACACCGGCGUCGACGACGUCGACAGGCAGAUGGCGAACUGCCUUGCGUUCUUAACGUAG